CUCAUUCCCCCGUUUAUAGCCUUAUCAAAGCAAGAGCCUUAGCGGCAUGCUCGUCGCCAUCAUCUCCACCUUUCUAUCGACUCUCUGCCAACAAACCAUUGGCCGCUUCCUUCCCAUCAACGUGGACCAUUUCCCCAUCUUUCACCAACAGCCGGUUAUGGACGACCGACAGGACGUCUCAUGUCCUCCUCUGUCGACGACUGAACGGACCACUUUCAGCACUGGGGGAUGCGUUGUCUACGGCUACCCCUCGACUGGCGGGAUUCUUAGAAAAAACGCCGACCUUGUUCAUAUGCUCUUCCUAUCACUCCCCCGCUCUCAUACAACGCAGCGCUCGCCCAGCGCCGACGAAGAAGACAGAUUCUGCGAUCUCCUGCGACGGACCGGUGCGAAGUGGUGGCCGAGUAGGCAAGAUUUCGCCGAGGCGCAGAUCGGACUGAGGGAGAUGACGGAGGAAGAAGAAAAGGUGGUGGUAUUUGGGUGGCCGGCGGAUGGAGUGGGCGUGUGGGUAUUGAGGUUUGCGAGUGCCGAUCACCUGCCCAGGGGUUAUGGGAGGAUGUAUUUCGCGAUGGAUAUGGAGGAGAGGAUACAGAUCAUGAGAGAGUAUGGAGCUACGUUUGUGGGGGAUGUCACGCAGGUGGAGGAGCUUUAUCCAUAGCAUCAUGAGACUACAAUCCAGGCCAUCCACUAUCGACGAAUUCAUUCAUUUCGAU